AUGGCUCCACUACUCUACUUCCAUACCAAAAAGCUCUUCCUAAUCUCUCUUCUUUUCUUCUUCCUUUUUCUUUCCAUCUUUUCCUUCACUACAUGCUCUCAACCUCAACUCAACCCUAAACACUCAUCAAAUAUCACCACAAGAACAUUGUUGGAACUCGAAACUGAACAAGAACAAGAAAAUUCUGAAUCUCAACAUCCCUUGAAAAAGAAACCUACUUCCAAAAACCAAACCAAGUUAAUCAAACCAAACAACCUCUCAAAAAACCAAACCAAAACAAUCAAAUCCAAUCACACAAACACCCCCUCCAAAAACCAAACAAAACCUACAACAAAACUCACCGACACUACCACAACUAACCUUAAAAAACUCAAUUCCACAAUCUUCAAAACCAAGAAACUAAAUUCCACAUCAAAAUCAACCACAACCACAAACUCCACAAAAUCACCGGAUCUCAUCAAAGCAAAAACGACAAAAUCCACCGUCACAAAAACAGAUCAACAAGAAUCAAAGAAACCAAACAAACCGAACAACAACAACAGCAAAAAAACACCACCAAGUUGGUUAUUCGACGAUGAAGACACCGACUUCGUUUCAGACUUCAAAGAUCUCCCAAUGAAAUUCCAACAAACACUAAUCCCCGACCUCGAAAAAAUCUCAACAACCUCAAAAGCCUACAUAACAAAAACCAACCAACAAAUCACAAAAAACUUCAAACCUUACGUCGGCAACAAAUACGCACCAACCAUCGCAACUUUACUCUCUUGCACCUGCGUUUUACUUCCAUUACUCUUAGCCUCACUUCUCUUCAACAAAAUCAAAGCCUAUUUCUCUCUCCAAAAGCUCUUAAUUUUCAUUCAAGCUUAUUUAUCAAUCUACUUUUCCAUCCUCUGUUUCUCUUCUCUGAUCACUGGUCUCGAGCCGUUAAAGUUUUUUUACUCUACUUCGCAGUCCACGUAUCUUAUCCUGCAGAUCAUUCAAACACUCGCGUACGUUUUCUACCUUCUGUUACUUCUCAUGUACCUCGUUUUGGUUUUCUCCACUGAAAAUGGUUUGGGCUCGAAGUUCAUGGGCUUGGCCCAAACGUUCGUGGGCUUUUCCGUUGGGCUUCAUUAUUAUAUGACGGUGUUUCAUAAAGUGGUGUUACGGCAACCGCCGAAGACUAAUUGGAAGAUUCACGGGAUUUAUGCCACGUGUUUUUUUGUGAUUGGUGUUCUUGCUACUGCUGAGAGAAGGAAAAAAACUUACUUGGAAGAAGGUGGAGAAGAAGGAAAGAAGAAUUAA